GAAUGGCUGGCAACCAGUUCAAGGUGCACCCCACCUCCUGCCUGUUGACAGCUAGGAGAGGUUCCAGCCGCUUGUGAGGAUAAGCAGCUAAGAAAAUGGAUGGACUCAACAAGAAUGAAGAGAGUGUGCAAAAAAAACUUUUCUAGGUUUUUGAAUCGGGAAUCCUCAAAAAGCUCGCAUUUACCAUUGCUUGCUCAAAUUUGUCUGGCGCACGCUUGCCCAUAUUUGGAAGUAGUUGAAGUAAGAUGGAUGCUUUUCCCACUUGUUGGCUUUUUGCAAAUAGACAAAAGAGACAGUGAUGGUGAAGUUCAUAUAAAAAGUGUUGACCUAGCGGCAGGAAACUGCUGCCCUCGUCGUCAUUUUAGCCAUGGCGUACUCCAGCUUCACCACCGUGGCGACGUUGCUCAUCGUGUGCGCUGCCGGCAGCCUUCGGGCUCAGUUUUUUUUCGGUGACGAGCGCAUCAAGUUUGCACCGGACACACAAGUGCUUCUGGAAGGGCUGACGGCACGUGUGGACAAGCUGGAGAGGGAUGCCGCUGAAGCAGCCAAAGCGCCGGUAUCCUUCGCAGCGGCGUUGGUCACCACAUCAGAGUGGACCCACAUCGGCCCCUUCAACACGGACACUACCCUGGUGUUCAAGAAAGUGAUCACCAACGAGGGCAGCGGCUACGACUCCAACACAGGUAUCUUCACGGCCCCAGUCAAGGGUCUCUACUUCAUCCAAUUCAACGGCAAUGUGGGGAACUCGGGCGCACUGAACGCAGCGGUGCUCAAAAACGGCGUCAACAUGUUCGCCAUCUACGACACCCAGGGCACGUUCAGCAGCGCCACCAACGGGAUGCCGCUGGUACUGGAGCAGGGAGACAAGCUGUGGGUCACUCUGUGGGCCAACAAGAGCGUCUUUGACCAGAGCCGCCUCACGACCUUCAGCGGUUUCCUCAUUAAAGCAUUGUGAAAAACAUACAAAGCGACGCUGAAUGACAUUAAUAAAAGCUGAUCUUAUACUCACCAAA